UCCUCUAUCAUCCACAUCCAACCCAAAUGAUGAAAUGAAGAAGUGAGGGCUGUGUGGGGUGGGAGCAAUGACAGAGGCAGAGGGAGCCUAUUGUUCCGGGUGGGCUGGGGGCAGCAGAUCCACAGUGAGGGCUCCUCUUCUCCUCUAGUAACGAUGUCCCUCCACCGGGGCUGGAGAAGGUGCCCAGUGCCCAGCGGAUACCCAGCUCCUGCCAUCAGGUCUGCUGAAGAUCCCCAGGGAGGAGCUGCUAUUCUGGUUCGUGUCUUGCCUGCCUGGGGGCUCACGAUGCCUCUAUUUUAAGAAACAAAGGCAGUGUGGAUGAAGGAUGCUCCUGACGGCUCAGGGGAUCACCCGAUUUGCUUUGUUACAAACUCAUGCCAACGGGAGCAGAUCAAGGACUGAUGGCACAGUAACCAAGGCACGGAAACCUUCUAUUCAUUGUGGAAUGUUGGAGAACUACGAGUCCCAGCAUGUCAGCUUUAUGCAGGAUGUCCAGUCAAAAUGGAUGUACUCUCAUUUUCCAGAACAUAUCACGACUAGCCUAACGUUACCAGAAGAUGCAUUUGCAGUCACUGUUGCUUUUUGUAUCUGAUCCGCGAAGCUCUUCUCCUAAUGGUGCCUUCACCCUCCACCAUGAAUGAUGAGCAGAGACUGCACAACAACGCGGUAGCCUGGCUGAUUUGUUCAGGGAUCUCACUUCUAGCCAAUGCCUGGGGGAUUCUUAGUAUAAGUGCCAAACAGAAGAAAUGGAAGCCUUUGGAGUUUUUAAUCUGCACUCUGGCCGGAACUCAUAUCCUUAAUGUGACCAUACCAAUCACUAUGUACUCUGUGAUCCAGCUGAGGAAGCAACACUCCGAUUAUGAGUGGAAUGAAGGGGUCUGCAAAGUGUUUGUGUCUACCUUCUACACUUUGAGCCUUGUCACCUGCUUUUCUGUCACUUCCUUGUCCUAUCAUCGCAUGUGGAUGGUACGCUGGCCAGUAAAUUACAGGUUAAGCAAUACAAAGAAGCAAGCAGUACACACCGUCAUGGGCAUAUGGAUGGUGUCUUUUAUCCUUUCCACUUUACCCGCUGUCGGAUGGCACAACCCAACCCAAAGAUUCUACGCCGGGGACUGCCGCUUCAUUGUGACGGAGAUCGGACUGGGCUUUGGCCUGUGCUUCCUCCUGCUGAUCAGUGGCAGUGUAGUGGUUGGAGUGGUCUGCAUUGGCAUCUCACUUUUUCAGACUUUUUCUAUGCAAACCGGGCAGAACAUAGACAAAAACAAAUUCAAUGUGCCCACUAUUGUGGUUGAGGAUGCUCAUGGGAAGAGGAGGUCAUCAAUAGAUGGGUCAGAGCCCAUUAAGACUUCACUUCAAAUUACUUAUUUGAUAUCUGGGAUUGUGUUUAUAUACGACUUUCUAAUGGGGUUCCCCAUCUUGGUGGUGAGUUUUGCCAGCCUCAAGUUUGAUAAGUCAGAUGACUGGAUGGUGCUUGGUGUCCUCUGGUGUUCUGUAGUGCAAGCUCUUCUACUGCCAAUGUUCCUGUGGGCCUGCGAUCGCUACCGAGCCGACGUAAAAGCAGUCUGGGACAAGUGUAUUGCCAUUAUGUCCAAUGACGACGAAAACGAAGAUCACAGUCCUGAUGGCGGUAUUCACUCAGACCUCAUAUAUGAAAGACCCUAUGAGUACAAUUAUGGGGGUGACCUCAUGGCCAUGGAACGCAUUACAAAGUAUGACAUCUCUGCACUGGAGAGGGGAAUACCACAGAUCUAUCCAGUGAAAGAGGCACAAGAAGAUAAAAUGCACUAUCUUCAGGUCCCUCCAACAAGACGCUAUUCACACGAUGAGACGGACAUAUUUACCACGGGUCAGAUACCAGCUUUCAUUCAUGGCUGGGGAUCAGCUGAAGAUAUCGCUGCCAUCUCUUUCUUCACACUGCCAAGACGUGAUAGGCGAAGCAGCCUGGUGUUUUACCACGAAGAAGCCAGCUUGCCGUAUCGAAAGUGCCGCAAAGCAUCAGAGAGCCUCAUUUCUUUGAAACAUUUUACCUUGGAGGAACUAUACAAGGACGAUUUCAAGUGCUUUAGUCGAGAAGAGGUGGUCGGUUUUAUCGACGACACUCCUCUUCCGAGUCCGAGAAAAACUCCUGUUAGGUCUUCUUCCAUCUCACUUAUACCAGAUACUUUGAAACAUCAAACAGUUACUCACUUUGCUCUGACAGACUUCGAUCGAGAGCCGCAGGUGUUACGGAGGAUUUCCAACCACGGUAGGAGUUGUACUCUUAACGUUCCUGGUCAUCACAGACCUUACGAUCAUAGGCGGUUCUAUACAGAUGGACAUCGGGGCAGUCAGAGUUCUCAAAGGCUUGUUCCCAAGACUGAAUCUCAAAAACUAGAUGAGGUAGCAGGAAACACUAACCCUGCUGGCUCCAACAGUUGCCAGACCGGCCUAGACAAUACAUGGAGCGAGCAGGAACAACUUGACAGAGUAGAAUGCAAGGGAAGUACGAAUAGCUUUCUAAGCACGCCAUCUGAUUCUUCUGGAUAUAUAACUUUCCAUUCAGAUUCAAUCGGAUCUACUUCCUAGGGACAACCCAACUUCUUAUAUAUCAAUAUAUGCUAUUUCAGGGUUUACAUUGCUCCUUCUCUUGUUGAACACCAAGAACUGGAAACAGCACCAAAGAAGAAAACUUAUAUUAAAGAAAAAAAAAACUCAUACAGAUUUUAAUAUUCUGCUUUUCAUAGGAAAACAAAAUCAGGAAAAACACGAUUUACAGGUCAUUAUCAGCUUGGGUUUGUUAUGCGGAGAAAAUAAUAAACUGCUACAUCAAUUUAUUUCCGUAAAAUAUUACAUUCAAUGAGUUGUACAUGGAACACGUCUUCAAGCGACAGUUUUCUCUUUACUUGUCAUCAAUAAAUAUAUAAUAUGCAUGCCUAUGUAACGUCUCUGUCCACUCUCUAUAAGUUAAUUUUUUUGAUAUACACUUUACUAUUUUCUAACUAUGAAUGAAAUGUGUUAAGUGUGGGUUACAUGAUCAAAUGAAAAAUAUGUG